UUUUGUUUAGUCUUCUUCGGUUCGGAUCGUAACUGUUCUUUGUUUGCUUUUUGAAGGUACCCUUCCUCGGUGUGAGAUAUCCACCGACGACUUUGACAUAAUCUGCAUCAUCUACCAGCUGCCCCCGAAGAAGAGGUCAUACCACGAGUUGAUCAGGAAGAAUAUUCAUUUCGUAACACACGACCUGAUGGCUUCCCAAGAUAACUUCAACAAGAAGAGGCCUCUGAGGCCUGAUUUCAAGACAAUUUAGAAGAUGAUGGCCGAGGCGAGAAGCUUGAAGACCUCUUCAUCUGCCUACAAGAAGCAGAUGAAGGAUCUGGUUGAUGCCAGUAAGAGGCUUCAACCUUUAGUGGAUGAGGAGGUUGAAGAAGACCCUGAGGCGAAUCUGUAAGGGUAAAAAGGCUGCGGGCUCUUCAAAGAGGCUCACCGUGGCGAGGCCAGCCCCAGCCCUGAGGCAGACAACAAUUCCAACCGGGUUGGCCUUAAGGGAGAAGGUUGUUGAACCCUCCGUGGCUGUCCCUGCCACCUCUGCUGCCCCGGCUGAAGCUCCACUUUCAGCCGUUCUAAUAUCUCAAGUGUCGGGGCAGCCAAGGAGAAAAAGGGCCCGCCCCACAAAGGAGGUAGACUUUUUGGGCGUAAACACUGAGGAGCCCGUGAAAGAAGUGCUGGAGGCUCUACCUCCUGAGACGGCAGCGGUGGCAGUGGUCCAUAACAAGUACUGGGUCGAGGAGUGGAAGGACUACACUGCCUCGUACACUGUCGAAGAUCUCGUGGCGGCCAAUUGUGCAUGCAUAGCCAGGGCCCUCGGCACAAGUGUUCAGCUGGAGGAUCUAAUCAAAGAUCUUAGCGUUAAAAACAUUGAUUUGGCCAAGCUCCUCGAGGAGGCGAUGCAAUAUGAAGAUGAAGUUCGAGCCGCCCAGGAGAAGGCCUAUGAGGCGGAGUCGACGAAGCAGGAGGCGGAGGGCCAGCUAAUAAGGGUCAAUGCUGAUGUUGAGAGGCUAAAGAAAGAGCUGCAUGAAACUGAGUGCCAAGUGGCUGCUGUGACGAGGCGAAGUGAUCACGCCAACGAGUACCAUCGCCUAACUACUUCAGCUCUGGAGGCCUCCUAUAAGGAAAAGGCUGAGUUGAAGCAGUGGGCAGAGGCCCAGGCUGAAGAGAUUGCUUCACUGAAGGGAGAGCUGAAGUCUGCAGGGGAGGUGGCUGUGCAGAACUUCAUUGAUCAUUUCGAGGAGCACCCCCUGUAUGAUGACUUUGCCAACUACUGGGCCUCUUGGAGUGCCCAAGAACUAUUGGGUCAGCUGAAGGAGAUCCACCCGACUUUGGACAUAUCCUCUUUGCAAACAGAGUUCAAUGGCCCUACUAGAGGCUAGCCUGAUAGGGCUGUCGAGGAAGCUCUAGAGGCCCCAAAGGAAGUUGAAUCGAAGGCCGAGGCGGAAGACGUCGGCCCAGUAGAAUAGGGCUACUUUUGUAAUGGCUUCGGCCUUCUUUUUGUAACUCAGUUUGAACUUAAUGGAAUGAAAAUUUUUCUUCUAAGUAUUAUUGCUUCUUCCUUUUCCUUCUGUUGAACUGUCUAUACUUGCGUAAAUGAAUGAUAAGCACUUAAAUAAAUAUUAAGCACCACUUACCAAUAACCAGUUGAUAAAAGAAGAUCGGACUAAUAGCAUAUUGAAGAAAUGAGGUAACAAUUCAUUAACCGAUGUGACACAAAGAACUGAAGUAUCAUUACUUAGAAGUUACAUCAUCUUCACUAAGGCAAUUUUAGCACUUAGUAAGAUAGGGUCGUUACAAAUGAGAUCGGAUCAUGACAAACACUUAUUAGACAACAUUGAGAUCGGAUCGGAACAUACGUUCAUCAUUGAUAAUACUUCCUCAAGUGUUCGAUGUUCCACUAAUGAGGCAGUACUCUCCCUGUGAUGUCUUCAAUUUCAAAAGUAGCAUGUCGGGACUCCUUGCGGAUGCGAUAAGGACCUUCCCAGUUCAGUCCAAACACUCCGGACCCAGUUGAC